AUGAUUCAUUAUCAAAAUAUUCUUACCGGUCGAUAUGAUUUUGAUUUGAACGAAACUAUCAAUGAAAGUGACUGGGAAAAUAUCACACAAGAUGAGCCCAUUGAUCUUGUGAAUAUCGAUGAUCGUGACCUUCCAAAUUACGGCUCACCUUCAGCUAGUGAUAGUGAUGAUUUUCCUAAUGCCGAGGAAUCAGGAGAUAAUGUUUCAUUUGAGGCAUCAUCUAGUGAUGAUGAUUUUUUAAUGCCCAAUCGGUCGCCAAGACCAAUGUCCAUGAGUCCGUUUCAUAAUCAUGAAAUUCUUAUCUGGAUCAUCUCCAAGAUAGUCCAGAUAUCCUUGGCGAUACACAUGAUGAAUAUACAUCACAACUUGCAAAGAGCAGUUAAGCUUCUACAUUUAAAGAUAGCGAGAGAGUACAUUGUUAUUAAAUCGACAAAGAAAUCAUGGCGUCUUGUUUGCAGGCGUGUAGAACAAGGAUGUCGAUUUAGGCUAACUUCUUUUAAUGAUAAACAUACUAACAUGUGGAAAGUUGGAAGAUACAUUAAAGAACAUAUAUGUGAUAUGGGUAUGUGCCGCGAUGGACAUUUCAACCUGGAUGUUGAGAUAAUUGCUAACGUCCUCCGUGUUGAUAUAGAAAAAACGCCAAGAAGAAAAGCAUAUCUUGGUCGCAAGCGUGCUUUUGAAAAAGUCUAUGGUACUUGGGAGGGUUCUUUUGCCGAGUUGCCGAGCUUCAUGGAAGCUUUGAAACACUUCAAUCCCGAAACAAUAGUUGAAUGGAAAAUAGAGCGGCGUGUCGAUGUCAUUGAAGAUGUAUUCAACUAUGUGUUCUGGACUUUUAAACCAUGCAUUGAUGGAUUUGUGUUUUGUCAUCCUAUUAUAACGAUCGAUGGAACACAUGUCUAUGGAAAAUAUGAUAUCAAGUUGUUGAUUGCGAUUGUAACAUAUAGUAACAGAUCAAUAUUACCUUUGGCAUUUGCAAUAGUUGUGAAUGAGAGCAUGAAGACAUGGAGUUUAUUUUUGGAUCAUUUGCACUUGCACGUUGUCAAGGGUCGUAGAGGUGUGGCAUUGAUUUCAGAUAGGCAUCACGGAAUACUCUCAUUCGUGUAUAAUUCUUCCAAUUGGCAGGUCCCAUUUGGGUUCCAUCGUUUUUGUUUAAGACAUUUGAAGGCCAAUUUUCCAAAAAUAUUCAAAAAUGUCACUUUAAACAACCUUUUAUGGGCUGCUGCAAAUCACUGUUAG